AAAAAAAUCCGAGAGAGAGAAAGAAAGAGAGAGAGGUAAACAAACAGGCGGGCAGCAGACGUGGUGGUUACUCAGGACACUACUCGCUCACUCUCUCUCUCAGUCAUUCACACGCAAUAACACGUUCUGAAAAUGUCCAAAAAGAAGUAUACUGAGCUGAUGAAGCUGGACAUUUAUGAGAUACUCGGGUUGUCCCUCGGGGCAAAUGAGUCUGAGAUUAAAAAAGCUUACAGGAAGAAGGCAUUGAAAUGCCAUCCAGACAAAAACCCAGACAACCCUGACGCAGCUGCAGAAUUUGACCAGCUGCAGAAAAUUUUGGAAGUUCUUUUAGAUGCAGGAACAAGAAAAGCCUACGACAAGCUUCUCAAAGGGCGUAAGGCAGCGAAACUUCGAGCAAGGGAGGCUGACGCCAAGACUCAGAAGCUGCGGUCAGAGCUUGAGGAGCGGGAGAGGCAGGCACAGGAACAACCACGCCUGUCUGAGGAGGAGAGGUUCCGGCGAGAGUUGAAGCGUCUAGAGGAGGAAGGCCGCAAGCUGAUCGAGGAGGAGCUGGAGAAGGUGAACAGGAAGGUGGAGGAGGAGCUGAGAGGGAGGAAUGGAGCCCCGGGAGGGACGUCUGAGGAGGCCAAGAGUGCUGAAUCUCAGGGCCACAAGAUCAAGGUGAAGUGGACAGCCACUGAGGACUGGCCUGGUUACACAGAGGAGGAGAUUCACCGCCUCUUUUAUAAGUGGGGAGACAUCAAUGCAUUGGUGAUGAAACAGAGGACCAAGAAGGGGACAGCUUUAAUAGAUUACAAGACCAAACAAGGAGCAGACAUGGCUGUGCAGUUUGAGAAGGGUAUGUUAGGCAGACCCAUUGAGGUAACACACAUGACUGCUGAGCCCAAGAAACCAGACGCCAAGGAACGGAAACCCAAGGAAGCAGCAGUGGACCUCAAGCCAAACUAUGAUUACGAGUCAGUGUCUGCCAUGAACCAGAGGAGACAGGCAGAGCGCAGGAAACUCAUCGAACAGAUCAUGCAGGAAGAAGGCAACAGUGAGAGCAGAUGAAGGGGGCUCUGGCCAAGGACAACAAGGCUGAAAAAAGGCCCCUCAGAAGUUACCAGUUAGCAAAGAGUAGUCCAAAGGAUUACCCAAAAUUAUAUGGAAGAUUGUUUCUAUAAGAGCAUAAAAUAGUAUUCACACCUUUUGAAUCUAUAAGGUGGCAAGAGUAAACACAAGGCAUAAUGAAUGGUGUGCCGUCCCUCUUAGCUUCUUUUUAGGGAAGUUUGGAGGCUGAAAGUAUAUAUAUUUAAGCCUACUUUGUCAUUUGAACAUUGUACUUUCUCUCCUUGCUUGUUUUAAGAGAAGUUAGGUGAAUAGAGGGAUAUAUUGAAGUUUACAUUGUCAUUCAAACAUCUUAUCUUCUUCUCUAGCUCAUUUUAAGGAGAGCUAGGAGAAUUUCAACUUUGCACUUUCUCUCCAGGCUUGUUUUAAGGCAAAUUUUUAGGCUGGAAUGAUAUAUUUAAGUCUACGUUACUGUCUCAUCAUUUCCCUUGAUGGAUAUUUUCUAUGUAAAUUCAGGAGUAACUACUGGUAAAUGUCGUGACAUCAAGCAUCAACUCAUGUAUAAAUCCCAAAUAUACAUAUUUUCAAA